CAAUGUAUAUUUGUGUGAAACUAUUUGAUGGAUUGGGAUAGUGAUAUGGGACUAGGAUCUUUGAAUUCUGUAGCAUGUUUCAUAGUACGCUGCAAGCUAAACUGACAACACACGUGAUAACGAGACCAGUGGGCUUAUCACCUGUGUCCAGCGGACCGAGACUUGCACAGCUGAUGAAAUCAACAAAUGUCAAUUUCACAGACAUUUCCUAUGUCGCAUAACUGAAUUUAAUCUUAUCAUGAACCUUUACGGUGUAUCUUGUGUGAUAUAAACCAUUGGUUAGCGGAUGUAUUGUGUACAGAUAUUUAAGGAAAUACAUUUCACACACGCAGGGCGAAUGUAAAUAUUUCUUAUAAAUACUUUCAUCACGGAAAACGUUCUUGAAAUAUGACGUUAAGCUAAAACAAAUUAUCCCGCAGGCAUAGUUGCUAUCGAGAAAUAAAUAUCACGUAAUAUAUGUAUGUAUGAGGCGAUUAUGUACAAUAUCAGCACUUAAUAGCAAUCGAAUGUCCUUGGUUAUGAAAUUAAAACGAUCAGAUAAUUACUUGCGUCUGGAAGGAAAUUAGCAAGGGAUGUUUGGCGGGUUUCCAUCGCAGUCAAGUCUCGUGACUACUGUCUCACACGAGCUAAUUGUGUUUCCUUGACCUCGAAUGAUAGAUCUUUGCACGAGCGUAUGCUUAGGUCAGUACCCAAUCUCUAAUAAUCGGAUCGCAUCUCUUCUGCAUGCAACGUACUGUAUGUAUAUAAGUCCACAUGUACAUAGAUACACCACACAACAUGCAGACAAGCUCGACAGCCGGACAUACUGUUGAACAACCUUACGCUAUGAACUACCUUCAGUGUGAUAUUGAUCAAUUGACUUGGCAAGAUGUUGAGUCUCUGCUGUACCAAGACAACACGCCAUACGAGAGUAGCAUGGUGCAGAUGAUGACUGAAGCGAUGAAGCCAGCCUCCCUGAACACCAACCUCCCGUCCCCGGGGAUGAGUGCCAUCACCUCCGUCUCCUCUCCAGGGAGCCCGGGGUACGGAAGUAUCAAGUCUGCAGCCAGCCCGGUCAGCCAGCUUUCCCCUCAGUCCCAAGAUACUCAGUAUGAUGAGUUGCUUGAUCUGGAUUUCAUCCUGAAUAACACUGCCGCAGAAAACAAUCUCUACCCUGAAGAUGCAGGGAUGAAGAUUAAGCAGGAACCAGGUUCGACCUGUGAGCCUUUGCCAGACUUUCAUUCCGCUUUCCUUGAUAUCCCAGAUAUCAAGUUUGAUGCCAACGUACACGUUAUUCAGACCAACCAAUCUGAGCCUAUUGCUCAUCAAGUCAGCGUUGAGGUUAACAAACGUCAAGAAUUCAAGCCUGUUAUUCCCAAACAGGAGUUCCCUCUCGUGCCCAACUCCUGUGCUACAUACACCGCCAGCAUGACUGUUAUUUCCGCCCCACAACACCAGAUGGCCUUCCCUGGGCAGAUAUCUCCCCCAGCCUCCCCAGAACACCGUGAGGACCAUCACAUGAAGAGCUACCCCAUGAAUCUCUACCAUAACAUGGCUCACCCCCACGCCCUGAUGCUCCAUCCACAGCACAUCAUGCCCAAGCUACAAGGGCACAUGUCUCAGGUUCAUCAGAUGAUCACCCCGCCAUCAUCUCCCCAGCUGGUUGAUCUCCUUCUCCCUCAGCAGCCAGUAGAUUCUUCAGCUCAACCCAAGAAACGAGGCCGACGGACAUGGGGAAGAAAGCGACAGACAAGUCACACGUGUACCCACCCUGGGUGCAUGAAGACCUACACCAAGAGCUCUCACCUGAAGGCUCAUCUCCGAACCCACACAGGCGAGAAGCCUUAUCACUGUACGUGGAAAGGAUGUGGGUGGAAAUUCGCCCGUUCGGACGAGCUGACCCGUCAUUACCGUAAACAUACCGGUGAUCGCCCAUUCCAGUGCCAUCUCUGUGAACGUGCCUUCUCAAGAAGUGACCAUCUCUCUCUCCACAUGAAGCGCCACAUAUGAACAGUCUGAUAUGCAGUGUUGGAUUCAGAUUCGCAACAGUCUGAACAACGCAAGGUUGCAACGGCGAGAGCUCACAGCAGCUCUCGGGGUCCGGUUGGUUUUCUAUGCAGCGUCGAGCACCGUGUGCCGGAAUCGCCCGAAAAGUGACAUUUAUUGGGACACUGCUACUCGAUAUUUUGAACUUAAGGUGACCAUUCCCACUGGGGAAAUUCACUGUCGGUCACAUGGGACGCUUUGCAUGUACUCUGUGCAGCCGUUCAGGCAGAUUUGAUCAGCUAUUGUUAGGGUGUACUUGUACAUCUUGUUAGGAUGUAUCUGUGACAGGAUUUUCUGUCAUUUAUGCAAUAUUUUGUUUCGGCUGGUGUCCGACUGUGUACGGCAGGUCCGUGUCAGUCUGGUGCCAAAUUUGCAUGUUGGAAAUUCUCCUCCCCGGACCCCGCAAUGAUUGGGCUGGCCCAGUUCAUUGAGGGGCACGUUGAGGGGUGAGAAAAAGGAAUGCUCCCUUACUCGAAUCUUCCAUUGUAUGUGUUGUUAUAUGCAUUUAUAUAUAUAUGUAUACGUAAAACUCGUUUUGGCCAGUUAUCAAAUUUUGUCUCAAACUACGUUUGAAUUUUCAUUUCGGCCAAAAACCCUUUUGGUACUGCCUGGUAGCAGAAUUGUUACAGAAACGAGGUAUCUGGCCUGGCGCUGGGUACCGAAGUAUGGUUCUAGUUCAUAUAGAUUAUACACUCGUUAGCUCAUCCUUAUGACCCUUAUAUAGUGCCUAGUGCUAUUAUAGCGUCCAUCAAAACGUUCAUCUACAAUCAUAUCAGGAUAAGUGCAAUUUAAAUACAAGCUUUGACUAAAUUCACAAAGUGAAUAGUUUGUUCAGACCCCGACCUCGUAUUUAGUUCUCGCUAUUCCACAAGAUAUUAGCAGCUUUGAUAACUAGAUAUAUUAUAUAUGCAAGAUUUUCUAAUUAAUUUCCUCUAGUUUGAUGACGACCAGAAGUAGAAGGCUCAAGCUGAAUUUGGUGCUCUAGAUUUUUCUUUUGCAAAAAGUGCUAUCUUGUUCGAAUACAAAUUCCAAUUGCCCUGACGAAAAUUCUCCAAUUAUACAAUGAACAAAAUGUAUAUAACCACCAAUGGUUUAUGCAUAGACCCUUGUUAUCGGUGGUUGAAAUUGUUUCAGAUAUAUAUGAUAUAUAUAAAGUUUGUAUUUUUGUAAAAAACAGCGUUUAACACUAGUCAUGUCAGAACGUUCGUGCCAUAUUGUAUAUUGGGAUGUGCCAUCCAUGUGCACAUGUCUGUCAAAGAUAUUACACAAACACACGAAAUAAAUGAUGUUAUUUAUUAUA